CUAGAGGGACCAUAAACGGAAAUAUUUUGAUAAACCGGAGACCCAACUCAAUUUAAACAAAGCAAAAUGAGAAACUUUAUUUUGUUAAUUAUUUUAAGUUGCGUAGUAUACGCAACCUGCUCAGGAGAGUGCAAUACUCUGCUGAGCGAUUUGGCGGACAAGCAGAGCAAAUUCGUCUUUUGCAACACGCAACAUGCGAUUCCAAUUCCUCCUCAAUAUGAGCAUCUUUGCGGCGGCUGCAAAGACAACUUUAUAGAAAUGUUAACCGAUUAUGAUAAUCUGAUGAAAGUGGAGAACUGUUCCAAAAUGUAUCUGGACUCGGAUAGCAUCAGCAUUGUGUUCACUACACAGAAUGUGCUCAAGGCUCUCUGGGAGCGGGCCUAUUGCGACGAGUGCUUCAAGGACAACAAUUACAAUAAUUUCACAAACCUGAAUAUCUCACUUUCGAGCUGUUUGAAUGCGAAUAAGGGCAGCGAGUGCAGCAGCUGUGUCUACGAAUACAUUCAGUUAAAUGACUUCUACAAGGAUUUGGACCAAAAGAACAACGGACACAUGUGUUUCGAUAUGCAGGAUAUGAUGAAUCGCACCCGUGUGCUUUGGUCCAGGGAUCUGAAGUGCUGCCAGCGUGAGGUGAAAAUGACUCUCUUCCUCGUCAGCGUUGCCCUUUUUGCAGGAUUGCCAGUACUACUCUUUUAUGGCGCUGCCAUUGUGCUAACCAAACGGCGGGAGGCGAAUCAUGGACUGCUCAACGAGCAGCAGCCGGAACUGGAUGAUGCCCCGCCCUCAUCCACAGCGGAUCUGCUUGCUGCUGCUCUGUUAGCGACGAGACCAGCAGAGACGCCAGCAGCGAAACGAGCUAUUGAGAAAAUGCAGAGACACGCUUUGGAUUCAUCAUGCGAUGAUGAUGAGUCCAUGGCGAAGCCAAAGAUUAACUGAGCAUCUAUCAUGAUAUACUCAAUCAAUUGGCAUGUGAUAAUCUACCAUAUAUAUAUACUAUAAUUAUAUACUUUUUUUAUUUUCACCAAAUUAAUGGAUGAUUAAACUAACAUUUGACUCCGCUCGGAAGGCAAAGAUUAACUGAGCAUCUAUCCAUAUCUACCAUACAUUGUAUAUAUAUAAACUUUAAUAAUAUAUAUACUACCUUUUAAAUAUACACAAAAAUUUAUCGAUUUAAACAAA